AUGCCCACUUACCCUAUCCGUCGCCGCCCGCGCGAGUGCAAAACCUGUUUACCAUGCCGAGCGAGCAAAGUCCGCUGCGAUCGCAACGUCCCCUGCGGCAACUGCACUAAACGAAACUUCACCUGCUCCUACGGUCGUCCUUCCUCUGAAAAACAACCCCCUCCAACUACCGUCACCUCGGCCUCCUCUACGCCACUACAGCAACCUACAUUUGUCUCUCCCACAAUCCCCCCAUACACAAGUUCGGCCCCCACAAUCGAUGGUUCAUAUGCAACCGAUCAUCCCUCGAGCACCAGCGCCGAUCUAGAUUUACCGGACAUCAUCGAUAUUUCCCAGGCGGAAUGGGAUGAAAUCAAUACCAAGAUGGUCGCAAUGGAACAGAUCCUCGGCAGUCUGCACUCGCUCUUCCAGACACACUCAACUCACAAGCCGCCAGAACCGGAACCAGAACCAGACCCAGACCCAGAACCAGAACCCAUCGCACGAAAGGAUUCCAUCCGGUCGGAAGGUGUCUACGGGUCCAAUGUUUUAAAGACGGGCGCGGUCCAUCUCGGGUCUCGGUCGGCCCUGGUUGAUAUUUUGGAUAAAUCGAAGAGAUCGGAGGAAACAGCGCAGGCGCUGCCCCAGGAUGAUCUUCUUGCCGAACUUGCGUUGGGGAAUGAGUCGGCUGCAUAUCCCUUUGUGGAUUUGUGGUCCUCUGACCCGUUCACAUUCAAUAUCGCCGGUGUUUGUGCGGUUCUCCCAGAAGACGGACGGUGUUUGGAAUUCCUCCGGUUUUACCAGGACAUAGGAUCAGUAUUAUAUCCAGUCCUUUCGGACAUCUCACAGUUAGAACGACAAACCAAACGACUUCUGGAUAAUCGACGACGAGCAGGUGGUGUCUAUAAAGCCGAUGCCAACGGUUUAGUGAAACCUUUCGGGAUGCCGUUGGCCUUUCUCAGUCUGCUUUUUGCGGUUCUUGCAUCGGGUUGCCAGCUGUCUGGUAUACCGGAAAACGACCGUGAGUUGACCUCAUGGGUAUAUGUUUCCUGUGCGUAUCAAUGUCUCCGGAUGUUGAACUAUGUAUCGCAACCCACCAUAGAAGUAAUUCAGAUUCUUCUCAUCAUUAGCAACGUACUUUCAUACAAUAUGAAUGCAGGUGCAUCAUAUACCUUGCUUGGCAUGACGGAGCGAAUGUGUCUUGUUCUCGGGCUCCAUGUUGAGUCGACUGGGUUUUCAGUUGCAGAGCAGGAAGUGCGAAGGCGUGUCUGGUGGACAAUGGCCUUCCAGAACAGUCAUUUCUCACUUGCCUAUGACCGACCAUCGAUCACCAUGGUCAGCCAACCUGAAAUUCCAUUCGAUCCCAAAUCAAUGCCGGGCCAUCGCUCGUAUUUUGAGACUCUUUGUCGCAUUGUAUCGUUGGCAUUGGAAGUCCUUCGGUCGCGCAUGUAUCCCGGAUCGUCGCAGAUACGUAUCAAUGAGAUUCGUGAGUAUAAACAACAGAUCCACCGCAUGCUUGCGGAAGCGACACCUCAUUUGCGGUAUCGAGAAAAAUGUCGGUCACUAGCCGAGCACAUUGAGCGAACCGAAUUGCGCCUGCACUCCUCGUAUCUUCUCUCUGUCUUGUGUCGCGUCUCGCUUGACCCACAUGCCCAUUUGGAGCCACCGCGUCGCGCACUGAUCCGCGAAGACUGUAUCGGUAGCCUGAUCAACACAAUCGAUGCGUUUGUCGAAUUGCACGAGAUCAAUUCCCACUGCUCGCGGUCAUGGAUUAGUCUGCAGCGAACCAUCGCAUCUGCAUUCUUGCUCGUUGCGAAUGACGAUAGUCUUCAGACCUGGCACUUGAUUGACAGGCUGGAGAUGGUUCUGGCGGACCAUGUCUAUGCAGAUGGGGAUUUGGACCAGAACAACCGCACAGAUUCCGCUAAGCAUCUUUCUUCGUCACUCCGUGCUCUGCGUGAGAUCCGUGAGGCCUUCAGCGCUCGCACGAAUACUCCGAUAGGACAACUAUCGAGCACAACAUAUUCCCCUCUUGCGUUGCCUUCCCCUCCCUCUUUCGCAACUACUCCCAACGUGCCAACCACCACCAAUGCAGGUUUGCAGCCGAUGGAAGGCCUGAGUAUGCGAAAUAUCCUGGGUCGUGUUUCGGAUGUGAUGUUGUUCCCCAGCAUGAGCGGGGACCAUCCAUUAGUCUAG